AAUGUCGAUGUAGUAUUGAUGUCGAACACGACAUAGAGAGAGAGAGACAAAGUCUUGAAUGAGAAGUGUAUGCGCAAGGAAAUGGAAGAGAUGUAUGUAUGGUAGACUGACCAGCGCACCUUUAUUGAAUCUUCUCUUUCUUUGACUUAACAUGACAUGUUGACUGACUGACUUCUCAACAAAUUUAUCUCUUCUCUUUCUUUCUUAAGUUGUUUGUUCAUAACAAACUAUCAAUCUCUUUUUGUUUGUUUCUCUCUAUUUCAUUUAUUUUUUUACUAAAUAACACUUUUGAACUCAACUCAAAGCAAUAAAAUGGAUGCCAUGAAUCAGUUGCAGGAAUUAAUCAUCAAAGUUGACCACCCAUUGCAGACAACUUUUCAGAAUGUUCAUCAAGGAUAUGUCACUGAAAACUUGACUCGCUUUCUAAAAGCAAGGGAUUGUGAUCCUUCUAAGGCUUAUCAAAUGUUGGUUGAUUGUUUAAACUGGAGAGUACAAAAUCAGAUUGACAAUAUAUUAUCUAAACCAAUUAUUCCUGCCCAUUUAUAUAGAACAAUCCGUGAUUCACAACUCAUUGGAUUGUCCGGCUAUACAAGAGAGGGUCUUCCUGUCUUUGCAAUUGGUGUUGGGCUUAGCACAUUUGACAAAGCAUCAGUCCAUUAUUAUGUGCAGUCUCACAUUCAAAUGAAUGAAUAUCGCGAUCGUGUCAUAUUGCCUUCUGCAUCAAAGAAGCAUGGGCGGCCUAUUACCAAUUGUGUAAAGGUUUUAGAUAUGACUGGCCUGAAGCUCUCGGCCUUGAAUCACAUUAAGAAUUUUCCAUCUCUGCAUACCACAAAGCCGUCUCCAUUGCAGCCUUUGUUUCCUCAACAGAUUUCAGGUUAGCUUCCACCUUUAUGUCUAAUUCAUUUUUCCUUGUGUACAUUCCUUGCAACUCAGCCAUGAUAACUGCCUCUUUCUUUUCUGCCAAUUCUUGGUAUUCCUUCACUUUUCCAUUCAGUGACUCAAACUCUUCC